CACUCAUUAGAUCAGGUUUGUCUUCUAAAUCCUACAAACGAAACCCUCCCAUUUUCCAAUCAUGGCGCUCUGCAAUUCAAGCAAUUCCCACUUCCAUUAUUCAAACAGAUUUCAUUCACCACUUAUUUCUCCAUUUCCUUGUCUAUCGCUUGUCCAUUCGCAAGUCGUAACCGACUCCAUUUGUUUAUCGUAGGAGCCAAUGUCAACUUUGUAACUAAUUCCCACCCUUAACUCUCGCGUCUCGCCUAUUCCUCCUUUAAAUUCCCCAACACCAUUGUGGAUGCUUGUGUGGCCUUCCCUCGUCGUCCUCCCACCGGACGGCGAGUGGGCUUCACCGGCACCACCAACACCACUUCCACUUCCACCUCCACCUCCACCUCCACCUCCACCACUUCCAUCGACACAUCUAGCUCAGCAACCACCAGAAACAGAAACCAUAACCCCCGUCCCGUCCCGAUAUGUCUGAGACCGAUCUGGUCCCUUUCCAACUCCUCGAGAUCAAUGUCAUCUCUGCCCAAGACCUGGCCCCUGUAACCCGUUCCAUGCACACCUACGCGGUUGCUUGGGUCGACCCUGAACGAAAGCUCUCAACCUGCGUCGACACCCACGGCCACGUCGACCCCACAUGGAACGACAAGUUCGUCUUCCGCGUUGAUGACGAGUUCCUCCACUCCGACACCUCCGCCGUUAUGAUCAAGAUCUUUGCUCUCCGUCCCUUCCGCGACGUCCAUGUCGGAACUGUCCGUGUCCUCGUCGGCAAUCUUUUCCCUCUGUCAUCCCUCCGAUCCCACCAGCGCUCCGGGAUGCGCUUCGUCGCUCUCCAGGUCCGUCGUCCUUCGGGUCGUCCACAGGGCAUCCUUAACAUCGGCGCUGCCCUGCUCGACAAAUCCAUGAGAAGCAUGCCGCUCUACUCGCAACCCAACUCCUCCGCCCUUGGAUACCGUCAUCUGAUGGGUGAAGACAUACGUUCUCCAUAUCGCCACUACCUCUCACGGCAGAAGUUCCAGCACAGCCUCUCCAGUAUCAGUAGAGAGAAAAUCAUCAAACCCAUCAACGACGACAUGUCCGAAAAGGCCGUCUCUGUCGUCAAGGUCCCCGAUCUCGUGAUCGCAAUCCCACCUAAGGUAAGAGUAUCAGACGAGUCGGUCUAUUCGGAAUCCGAUGUGUGUCCAACACCCUCGGUUAGGGAAGCUUCUAUAGCAGCAGCUGAUUAUUUUCCGGCGCCGGAGACGGAAAACUAUGCACCAGAACAUUGGAACGACGAUGAUAGCAGCGUGGAAGGGUUGAGUUCGAAGCUUGAGAGGUGGCGUGCGGAGCUUCCGCCCACAUUUCAUCGGGGCGGGUACGGGUCAUUGAAACCACGAAGCAGCAGACAUGCGAGGAGGCAUAGUGAUGGUGAUGUCGGAGAAGAAGAAGAAGAAUUGAGUGGGUUCGGGUCCUUCGAACCGCCAAGCAGCAAUAGCAAACAUGCGAGGAGGCAUACUGAUGGUGGAGAAGUAUUGGGUGGGUUCGGGUUCGGGUCGUUCGAAUCGCCAAGCAAAAAUAGCGAAGAUUCGAGGAGGCAUUCUGAUGGUGGAGGAGGAUUGCUCUCGUGCUUCGGCGGAACAUAUGGGUGUCAGUGCUCUAUCUUUUGUGGGGCCAGCCGUCUCAAGAAGAAGAUGAACAGGGAGAAGGUUCCUCUGAGCAGCCCGUCUCAUUGUAACGUGAGCCGGUAGUGUGUUAUAGCUUCAGCUGAAUUAGUAGAGGAAAUGGAGCCAUGGUUUGCGGUUUGCGGAGGGUAGGAGACUAGAAGAGAAGCGAGAAGAAUUUGCUACACCUGUUGGCUGUUGCCUGUUGGUGUAGCCUUGUGCUGAAACCGUGAAAUGGAUCCAAUGACGAAGUUCCACGUAUCGAAUUCGUAUGUAUAGUUGAGGUGGUGCAAAUGUUCAAUACAAUACGAUACAUCAAAAGCCGUGAUUUCACGGUUUUAAUCCAUGGCUACGCCAAGGGGCGUAGGGGAUUUCAAUUCUGUAAGUGGAUUUGGGACAGGUUUGGUUAAUAUGCGCGGUCGGGUGGUUGCUCUGAGUGUGGAUUAGAAAUCUCACCUUUUUUUUUUUAUUUCUUUUA